GUGUGCUCACGAGGACAGUUGCUGAAGAGAACGCAUUCUGUGUGGAAGCGCAAUUUGCCGACGGAAAAUCGUUUUCAAAGGGCUUUGAAAGAAAAUUCUCUUAAAACUAAGAGACGCUGCUUUGCUAACUUCACACCGAAAAAUUUGACUGUCGCGCGAGUUGAACGCAAUUGGGAAGAAGAAGAACAUAAAUAAAACUUUCUCUUUCGUGAGUUUCUCUUCGUGUUUCCUUAAAAUCCUGGCUCAAAAUGGAUAUUACACAAGGUGAAGAGUGCCGUUUGGAUUUAUCAAUUGUUAAGGAAGAGUUUGUUAUCGAAGAAAUCGAAGAACCUUCAGAGUCUUUGGGACAAACGGAGGUUAAGAUUGAGGCAAAACAAAGUAAAUUUGAUACUAAAGAUAACACAAAUGCCUCAAAAAUCAGAUUAAAAUCAGCUAAGAAGAGCAAACAAUAUCCAUGUCAAAUAUGCGGCAAGAUAUUCUUCAGUUCCUGCAAUCGGCGCAAGCACAAAUUGAUUCACGCCGAAGAAUUCAAGUUUAAGUGUGAGCACUGCUCGAAGAUGUUCAAAGUGAAGAAAUACCUCACGAGACACUUGAGAUGCCACGCAAUUUUGCCCAGACAAACGUGCGAAAUUUGCAAUAAAACCUACAAGAAUGUCAAAUCUAUGCAGAUCCACAUGGAAAAGCACAAAAACAGCAAGAACAACGUCUUCAAGAGAUAUCUCACGUGCGAUCUGUGUGGAAAACUGGACUUGAGCGACAAGGAAAUGGUGGAACACACGAAGAAAAUGCACAGCGAUCAGGCGUCAAUCAUCCAUUCGUGUGAGAUUUGCGGAAAGACAUAUAAGACGUUGUCAUACUACAGAAAUCAUUUACGUCUUCACGCCGACAUUGAGUCAGGGAUUAAGUUUAGCUGUGCCAAGUGUCCGCUGGUGUUCAGACGAAAGGACUUUCUUGAGAAGCACUUGAUUCUUCAUGCCCAGGGAAAACUUCACACUUGCAAGAUUUGCUCGGCUUCUUUUGAACGGUUGCAAUUCUAUCGAAAACACUUGCGGACGCACCAGGAAAAGCUGAAUAUCACAAGAACGAAAUAUUCUGGAUUGCCUACAACCACAAGGAGUGAGUUAAUAAAGAUUUCACGAGAAAUAUGCAUAAAAAACAAGACUAAUUGGAAUUCUUUGGCAGACGGAAAAUUAAUUUGCACUGUCUGCAAAGGCGUCUUUGGUGAUUUGGAUGAAUUGAGGAAACACACUGAAGAGGAGCACAUUUACAAGGAUGAUCCAAGUCAGGAAGAUUUCUUGUCGACAAUUAAAACCGAAAGUGAUUUGCAAGACGACACAGAAGAUGAAUUUUUGCUAGGCGUGUAGAAAUUAAUAACUGAUAAACUGCUGUACAAAAUA